AUGGCUGCGAUUCACCAGACACCGCCAAAUCAACGAGAUAGAUUCUCAUCGACGAGUCGCCGCCGCUCGUGUACGCGAUCAGCCCCACGGAGCGCUACCAGUCGACUCCAAGUACACCUGCUCCUCGCUACCCUUUUCUUACCCGCCUUGGCGCUCGCGGCUCGCCCCCAGUUUCCGACAGAAGGAACGCGCGACUCUAAGGACAGCGUCGUCAUUGCGAGGUAUCAAGCGGGGCUGUCGAAGCUGUGUCUCGGAGCCAGUCGCGACAGGGCACGGGCGGUUAUUUCAAACGCCGAUUAUGCCGGCAGCGACGCCAACGUGGCGCUCGCCUAUUCGCAGCCCACGAACGCCACCUUCAUGUACAUCGGCGGCGCGAGAAUUAAAGGACCUCGCCGCUGCGUCCCACCGGGUCUAUUGGGUGUAUACUCCUACUACCCCUCUACAAACAAAUUCGUGAAGGGCGAUCUGCGCAGCCUACCCGAGCGUGUAGUGGACUCGUCGUAUGUGGUCUCCCUGACAGUGCCAUCCGCGUUACAAGUCGCCCCGCAAGUGACUUUGGACGUGUCGAACAUGUAUCCUACGGCUCUCGAGGUUGACGCUGCAGGAACAGUAUCAGCCCCUCCCAUGACGCAGACCAAUUUCACGGUCUCAGGUGCAGAUCUCUCCCCUCCGGCCGACCCAUAUGGAAUGGUUUCUUCAUACCUUGAGCAAUACGGCGCCAAAGCUGACCCUAACGACCUCUCGGGGGCAAUUCUCGUUACUUAUGACCCGUAUAUCGAGGCGCACGUUACGCCCUGUUAG